AAAUCGUUACCUAUCAGUGUAAUUUCAAUUGGCAUUGACGCUGGCACGAUGUACGGCAUUUUACUAGUAGUAGCAUUACUUAUAAUUAUCGCACUAGUUGUCGGUAUACACCAAAAGAACACGAACGCAGUAUGCCUCUCCAGAAGAAGAUUAGAAGGAAAAACUAUAAUAGUCACAGGUGGAACAGCAGGAAUGGGCCUUGAGAUGGCCGUAGAUUUCGCCAACCGUGGGGCCAGGGUCAUCAUAGCGUGUCCUUUUGAAGACGAGGGUAAAAAUGCAAGGGACCUCAUCAUACAACAAACAGAAAAUCAAAACAUUAUAUUUAAAUUACUGAACCUUGCAUCCUUGAAGUCUGUGCGACAGUUUGCCGCAGAUAUCCUGAGAACUGAAGGUCGUUUGGACGUUUUAAUAAACAACGCUGGAGUGGGAGCACCUAGGGACAAGUUGACUCAAGAUGGACUGAACUUCAUCAUGCAAGUCAAUUACUAUGGAGCCUUUUUAUUGACACUUUUACUUCUCCCUCUGCUCAUAAAGACAGGAAAGCCUGGUGAACGGAGUAGGAUACUAUUAACAACGUCAGUAUUACAUAGAAUUGGACAAAUGGAUUUUGAAAAUAUGAACAAGACUGACUACUGGUACAAGAUACAGAUCUAUGGUAAUAGCAAACUGUGCCUCAUACCUUUUGCUUCUGAACUGUCGAAGAGAUUAGAAGGCACCAAUGUUGUUGUGAAUAAUGUGGAUCCUGGAGCUGUCGGUACGAGAAUAUUUGAUUCUGGAAGCAAAGUGCUAGGAUUUUUCCUAAGAAAUAUUAUAAUAAAUUUAUUCAAAACUCCGUGGCAAGGAGCUCAAACAGCGUUGUAUGCUGCUCUAGAUAAGAAAGCUGGUGAAGUGAGUGGAGCGUACUUCCGCAACUGCGGCUUAGCUAGGGCCGUAAACAGGGCGUAUUGUGAAAAAACUGCAAAAAUCCUGUGGGAAGAAUCUGUGAGAUUAGUGCAAUUAACGAACGAAGAAGUGGAACAGUGUUUUAAGUCACUAUAAAUCGGAGUGUGUGUACAGUAUUAUUACAUGUGAGUCUAGGCGUGUAAUGGUUGAUAGACGUCGCUAUCAAUCUUUUGUUACGGGGCACGGCAGCAAAUUAAUGAGUAGAUCACCUGAUAGGAAGCAACCAGCGUCACCCAUGGACAUCCAAGGCUCCGGAUAUAUUAUAAAUGCGUUGUCGGUCCUUCAGGAGUUUGGGUCUUCGCCUGUGAUUACCUGAGUUGGGGACAUUUGCGACUAAACUUGAGCUUGACAAUGACAUUCCUUAAUACUCGACUAACAAUAUAGUGAAUAUAAGUAAGUUAAUUAAAAUGAUUAAAAAGUGAAGAUGUUUAUGAUAGUAAACAGGGAUGUAUUUUUGUUUUUAGGAUGAAAUAAAUGACUAAAAGUGAA